UAAAUGUAUGUUUGUAUUUACUGCAGUUUCACCGACGAUAUUCGUGCCAAAUCAGCUGAUGGGAGCACCAGCUGGAAAGAACGUAACCCUUGAAUGCAACAUUGAAGCACAUCCACGAGCGAUAAGCUACUGGAACUUCAACAACUCUAUGGUACUAAGCAAUGAAAAGUAUACCAGCUCGAUAAUGGAGAGUAGCUACAGAACUAAUAUGCAGCUGACCAUACGAAAUCUACAGCUCAGUGAUUUUGGUAACUACAGAUGUAUCAGCAAAAAUUCACUUGGCGAGACUGAAGGAUCUAUUAGACUAUACGAAAUGGUCCAACCAUCGGCACCGCCGACAGCUACGGAGAUUAAAAGUAGCGCAAACAAAGAGGGUGAGUGUAGCAAAGAACUGAUAAAUAAAUUAAUGACUAAUAAUUUAGAACAAAAAAAAUCAUGA